UUUGGCUGCUCCUCUUUAAGUCUCUGCCUGGCUGUACGGUCAGAAAAUCGGGAAUGUGUCCCUUAAGUAUUGUGUUUGACGGAAGACACGGUUUGAAUUUGCUCUUUCUCUCUCUGCUCUUCGGUCCAUGAAGCCUCCUUGUUUACUCCUCCGGUAUCUCAGGUAAUAUUUGAGCUUUGAGAUGGCAGUCAGCUUCUCCCAAGUUGUAAAAACAGCGCACUGUUCCCACACUGUUAUGCAUCGUGAUAACUGAAAGGGGGUGGGGGAGAAGGUAAUAGUAAAAAGUUCUUCCAGCUGCACAGCAUUCAAAACCAGACGGAAUAAUUAUUUAACCAUGCAAUGCCUCAACCAAGAAGAAGAAAAAAAUUGUAGCAGAGCUACUCAAACGUGCUGUCGUCAUGAGCGGAGUGCUUCUAGAAAAUUAAAAUAAACGUAUCGCUGGAGAAACUACACGCUUUCAACCAUUGACAAGCUUCUUUUGUGAUUCUAAUUUGGAACAUCCACCUGUGUCCAAGUUGUAUUUAUCUGCAUGUUUAAUCUCAUGUGAAGUUUUAGGAUUUGGUAAAAUGCCAUCUUUAUUAUUCCAAACACCUGUACUACAGCCAUCAAAGCUGCCACCGCCAUGUUUGACAGCUGGACAUCAUGAUGUUCUUCUUCCUAAUUUUGGCAAAAUUGCUCAAUCUUUGUUUCCGUUGGUCAGAAAGCAUUAAAUUCAGAAAGCAUUUCACCUGUACAUAUCCAUAUACUGAGUUUUAAAGUGUGUAUUUCUUCUUAGUCACCUCCAUCUCAGUCUACGUUGAAGUAAAACUUAGUGACAUCACUUUUUAUGGUCACUUUCUCAGUUUACGAUUAAUUUGAUCCUUGGUGGUUGUUAGUUUUGUUGUUGUUAAAAAUGUAUGAAUUUUUCAUAAAAGUUAAAUUUUGACCAAAAACCAGCCAAUCUAAAUGAAGACUGAUCGUAGUUUAGUCAAAACGAUGCCAUGAUUUUCAACUUGCCCAAUAAUAUUUARUACCAAAUGGGUUUAUGUCCAUAUUUGAGACUGAAUGUAUGAUUUUAAAAAUGUGUGGAGGAGAGAAAAUUCUUAUUAAUUUAAAAUUCUGCACCCAAUUCUUCUUUAAAUCCACUUAAAUAAUCUGCUUUAUGCUCAUUCCUUUUAUUAUGAAAUUCAUGUCAACAGUGAAUUUGUUAACCUCUGACUGACUCUGAGUCAGUAAAGCUGUUUAGGUUUUUAUCAGAGGAUCAAAUACAUUUCUCGUGGUGCGAAGAUGCAAAGAUGUUGCACUGCGAUAAAGGAAGCCACUUUUUUUUUUUUUUAACUGUGGUUCUGAUGGCCGAUUCUGAUAAGAGUUUGUACUGCAACGUAACACAAACUUGUUUCAUAACAGACGGCUCGGGRAAAUGCAGCCCGAUAGCGAAGGUGCUUCAGCAGAAACCCGAUAGGCCUCACGCUGCCUCAGUGUUUGGCUGUCAGCCAUCACUCAGCAUCUUGUUUGUUUGCCUAGCAACAAAACARAAACCUUCUCUACUACUCUCCUGCUUUAAUGUUUAAAUGCUUGAUUUGAAUAUUCAAAUCUUACUUAGAAAUGCGUGCACAACUGCAGUAUGAGACACACUAAAAGCCUCAAAGUGCUCUCCAUCAAACCCGAUUCUGUAUUUUCAGGCUUUUAUUUAUGAAAUAAAAGCCUCAACUUAAGGCUACAUCAUCUUCCAGAAUUUAAGCAAAUAAUUUGUCGGUUUUAAUCAGCUUUUAUCAUCGGGUUUAUUUUCAAUAUUAGUUGUGUAAAGACGUCAUUUUAGUGUUUUCAUUAUGUAUUUUCAGAUUAAACAUGAUGGUGACAAUAAUGAAGCUGCAUCGGGUGACAGCCGCGUGGAAGAGAUGCUGCCUUGUCGUCAUGUCACAUCUUCUGUAGCACACCAUGACCUGUGUUUUGCUGAUGUUCCUGCUGCCAGUCGUYGAAGCCCAGCRUGUUCCAGCCUGCCCCGUUUCUUGUGCGGUCUGCUCAGAGGAUGCAGUCAUCUGUCAGAGGCUUGCUAACAUCAUUGAUGCUCCAGACUCGACCCAGGCUCUGCUGCUAACUGAGGGCUCCAUCUCUGUGGUCCAGCCGGCCUCGCUGUCUGUCCUCAGGAACAUCACAGUUAUAGGCCUGAGCAGCAACCACAUCUCAGAGCUUAGUGAGGACGCCUUCAGAAACCUGCCUUUCCUCCACACUUUGCUGUUGGACCACAACCUCCUGACCAGCCAGGCUCUGCAAGGUGGAGCGCUGAUCAAUCUCAGUCAGCUGGAAGUUCUUGCGCUGGGCCACAAUCACAUCGACAUGAUCCAGGCUGGUUGGUUUACAGGCACAAAGGCUCUGCUCAGCCUGAAGCUGGAGGGAAACCUGGUCACCAGGCUGAACCCUGGAUCCUUUCCUCURAACCACUUCAGGAGUCUGGAGACUCUGGAUCUUUCGGAUAAUUUGAUAGAUUUUCUGGACAGAAACAGCUUCCGAGGUCUGGUUAGCUUGAGGAGCCUGGAUCUCUCCAGAAACCGUCUGAGUUCAGUUCCUCCAGAGGCUUUCUCCUACCUUGUGUGGCUGUCGAACCUGAACCUGGACCUCAAUUCAUGGAACUGCACAUGCGAGCUGCUGGAGCUGGCUGCCGUCCUGACGAGCUUCAUCCAGGAGCCGGACAAGGCGCUGUACAAUGGCCGUCGGAUGAUGUGUGUGAGUGCGGACAACCCGGCUGUGACCACGGUGCUGGAGCUGACUGAAGCCAACUGCGUGCCGUCCAAUCAGAACAUCACGGUGCAGAUAGAGGCGAGAAGCAGCGUGGCGCCUCAGCAGUACGCUCGAGACCUGGCCAUAGCUGCAGUCAUCUGCUUCCUAGGAGGAGUCGCUUUGACCCUGCUUGCAGUCUUGAUCUGUUACCACGUCUCUCAACGGAAGAAGAAGAAGAAAGAAAGUCAAAAACUGAAGGAAGAACGGGACAAAGACGGAACAACUUCUAACCAUGUAAAUCGACUCGGAGAUCAGGAGAGGAUGAGGAAUUUUUUCUUACAAGCCAACAGCAGUCAACAAUGGAGCAAAGAGUCCAUGAYGCUGGAUGAAAGAAUGGAUAUGUUUAAGUCCAGAGCUGAAGAAAAUGGUAGCAAAGUCCAUUGUCCUCAUUGCAACACUAAUGGGAAGAUGCCGAACMAAAUGAGAAAGGGUAAGUGGGMAAACGGAGGACCUGAGGCUGAAGAUGUCCAGGAGAGAAGGAAAUUGAGGAUGAUGGUGGAAGAGGAGAGAAGGAGAGGAGUUAUUCAACAACAGAAUUACAACUGGAAUGUCUCUAACAAGAUUCCUCCCCACAUCGUCAACUCAUCUUUUCAUCUGCUGAGAGAAACGUCAGACAAUCUUCCACCCUUCAAGGYUGACGGUGACAUGGGCAACCACAGGACUGAUGAUGAAUCAAAGAGCAGAAGUUAUGAGGCUUCACUCUGCAGGAAUUGCCACAGGACCUCCAGACCUCCAGAGGAGAAUAUGAUACACAGGACGCCUCACUCCAACCAAAUGGACGUCUCUGAUUCCAAUGGCAAGAUAAGGAGGGAGCCGUUUAGAAAGAUGAACACAGAGGUAAAAAGAGAGGCAAAAAAUGUGAARUUUGAUCUAACAAGUCCAAGAACUAAUCGAGGCAAGGAAAGUCUGGAGGAGGAGGCAAUUCCCAGAGGCAACGAGAAAAGCAGGAGACACAGAGUCCAGUCCAGCCGUUUGAUGAAGGUCAAGUUGAACUUAAACCCCUUAAGAAAAAGCAAAGUCCAUCCGAGGAAGAAAGAUGAGCAUGGCCAUACCAAGAACACAAGCUCCAAGAGGAGUAAAGAGAAAAGACGGCAUGGAAAAGGCAAAGAGGAGGAAGGAGAAGAGAAAUCUGGCAAGAGAUCUAAGAGUAGCAGAGAGAAGAAGAGAAAGUCCUCCAAAAUGGAGGAGGCAGACGAAGGAGAGCAAAAAAGCAGCAYAUCUAAAAGUGAUAAAAGUGCAGAAGGUGACCAGGAACAGAACCAAAACAUCUCCCAGGCACCUGACGGCACCACCGUCUCUGCACAAAACCUCCAGACUCUCCAGUACCAGACUGCGGGACUGGCAUUGGGUGGGGCUCAGCUGGCUUUCCAGCAUCCCUUCUCCUUCGGUCCAGCUGACAGGAAUCGUACUACCAACCUUUCCUUGCUAAACUCGCCUGGYUCACAGCUAACUGGAAGCACCCUGUCUCUUCAAGCAGGGAAGGCUUUGCUCAACACCAUGUCCUCAGGAUCCAAUCCACUGCUCACCAGUGGUCUGGCUAAUCCCAUUGCUCCUGGCGUGACACUCAGUGGGCUUAACGUAGCUCCAGGUGGUGCCACAGAAAGCUUCGCUAGACAACCUGCAGUAUCGACCAGGUUCUCAAAUCCUGCUCUUCUGGCCAAGACGAUACAAGCCAAUCCUUUACAAGCAGGUGGAAACCCCCCAGCUCCACUUCUUACCUCUAUAUCUGAUGGUCCUGUCCUGAGUUUAGCAAAUCCAGCUGCAUUGGGUAACAGCCAGACGCAGGUCGACAGUUCUGCAUCUGCAGCAGUACCAAAGCUUGAUCUAACUCACAGUCAAGACAUUCAGAGGGAACAGGGACAGAUUCAAUCAACCACUGAGUCACAAGCCCCCUCUACUAAAGACAACCUCCCUGAACAGGAUCAAGACGAGACGUCAGGGGAAAUCCCAGAAACUAGAGUGGAGAAAAUGUCUGUCAAUAUGCCACCUGACGGUGUGGCUCAAACUGAAGGACUUCAGGUAGGAGGAUCAGGAGAAUGUCUGAAGGCAGACAGUACGUCUGUAAUGGAUCAAUCAGUUCCUAGUCUGUCCAUACCAGGUGAAUCCUCCCCAGCUGCUGGAGGGGCGGCCCUCUUGCAGCAGGAGUACCUGUCAGAAGAAGGAGGCUUCUCACCGAGGAGGAAGCUGAGGCUGGUUCUUCCAGAAAAAACAUCAAACCGGCCRCCUACAGCUCUAGAGAGGAAAAUCCGCUAG